UCAAGGUUCAGCAGCACAGCAUGAUUCAUGGCCAAUUGUAAAGCAGCGAGACCAAACCGCUGCCGACCAUCCUCCGGCCGCUGAGCUGCCGUGUGUUUAUAAAAAGUCAGCAAUCUUCCCCCCCACCGCACUUGGUUAGCUAGCUUCUUCCUCCUCCUCUUCUUCUUGCUCCAGAGAUCAACCGUGUCAACCCCAAAUCCACCGCCCCCCUCACCGCCGCCCGGCGUUCUAUGGCCUACACCUCCUCCCUCCACCUCCACAAGCACCUCCUCCUCCCCAAGACCCACUGCCGCAAACCCGCUCCUUCGUUUAUCCCGGUGGCCAAGAUCAACGGCGUCAACGGACACUCCAAGAAGGCGCAUAUCAACGGGGAGGGCGGGGGCAAGAAGGGGGUCAACGGCAAGAAGGUGAACGGGGGCGAGAAGGCGCACAUCAACGGGCGCGACCGGAUCCACCUGUCGGUGAGCACGGGCGGCGCCGGCGGGCAGGAUGGGUUCGGGCUCCGCGUCGCGUUCCAGGGCGCCCCCGGCGCGUACAGCGAGUUCGCGGCCAAGACGGCGCUGCCCGGGUGCGACACCGUCCCCUGCCGCGCGUUCGCCGACGCGCUGGCGGCCGUGGACGGCGGCGCCGUCGACCGCGCGGUUCUUCCGGUUGAGUCCACCAUGGAGGGCACCGCGCUGCGGAACUAUGACCUCCUGCUGAGGCAUGACCUCGUCGUCGUGCAGGAGAUCAACCUGUUCGUGCACUACUGCCUCCUCGCCAUGCCGGGUGUCCGCGCCGCCGAGGUGCGCCGGGUGAUUAGCCACCCCAUGGCGCUCGCGCACUGCGGCCGCGCGCUGGCGCGGCUCGGCGUGGACAGGGAGCCCGUCGAGGACACCGCCGGCGCCGUGGAGAUGCUGCGGUCCAACCGGAUGCUCGACACCGCCGCCAUCGCGAGCCCGCGCGCCGCCGACCUCUACGGCCUCGACGUGCUCGCGCACGGCCUCCAGGACGAGUCCUGGAACGUCACCCGCUUCCUGCUGCUCUCCAAGCCGCCCUCGCCGGUGACGCUGCCCAUGGACGCCGACGCCAAGACCAGCAUGGUGGUCGCCCACCGGGGCGGCUCCAUGAUGGUUGUCCUCAAGGUCCUCUCCGCUUUCUCCUCCCGCAACAUCAACCUCACCAAACUGGAAGUCAUCAACAACAACGACGGCGGCGGCGGCGGCGCGGCGGGCACCCCGGUGAUGAUUCUCGACACGAACGCCCGCGGCGCGCCGACGCUCCGCGCGUUCCCUCACGUCCUCUACGUCGACUGCGAGGGCGCCUCCCACGACCCCCGCGUCCUCGACGCCAUCAAGGAGAUCGAGAGAUUCGCCGUGUUCGUCCGCGUUCUUGGCUGCUACGCCGCCGAUUCCAACGUGUACGACCUGCAAUGAGGCGGCCGGCGAUCCAAGACACAGCUGAAUCCACACCAAAUCAGCUAGUAGUUUCGCAAGAUUGGAUCACUGGUCAGCUGGGGCUCAUCUCCAUUCCAGCACUCUACCAGCUUCAGUGAGCUGCUGAUGCUGCUGCUGCUCGCUGAUGCGAUUUUUGUACAGAUGCAAUAAGAAAAUCUUUACCAUUUCUGCUGCUGGCUUAGCUAUGUGCAUAGGUUUAAUCCUGGUAAUGACGCCUUCUAGCUAAAGGACUUGUAAGAUGGCCCAGAUAGGAUUGAUGUAAUUUUGGUGUGCUAGAUCUUGAUUGAUAGUGGAGUAUUUCUCAAUCCCCAUUUGCCCCUA